CACUUGAGCGUUUGGAAGACAGUGUGACAGCGUGGACUCACGCCGCUUGGAAAGUAAUGACCGACAAACAGAGGCAACUUUUAACUGAGGAGGGGACUUUGGACUAACGUUAACCCUGACACUAAACAGAGUCGAUACACAUUUUAAUAUCGAUAUUACAGACUUUCGGCAAAGUCGUGACUUUGUUUUUACUCGGGUCAGAAAGGUGAUUCUCGAGACUCAUAACGAAAAUGACCUCACUGGACAGGUGCGUUGACAGGUUAAUUAAUAGCUACGUUUUGUUUUGACUUAAUGGCGCUGCCGUGUGCUUAGGAAUUGGUGAUAUUAGUCGAUAUAAUGGAGGAAAAGCAUUUUUUGGCGCGUGGAAGCAGCGAAAGUCAGUCGUCAGGUUCAAACACCUUGUCCGAGGGGGAAGAAAUGACGGCUGGGCUGGACGUCGGCGUCUCUGGAGACGGAGAUGAUGGCCACAACUCGGACUUGGAAAGUGUCAGCGAAAUAGAGGAGGAUAGAAAUCCAGAGUACGACAAGGAGCCACCAGGGGAUGAAGAAAGUGAUGAAGAAGACGAAAAGUUGGACAACAUCCUCUACCCUCCCUGCACAUCCCUCAGAAAGUCCAGUAACCCCGAGCUGACUCAUGGAUUAAGUGCUGCUCUCAAAUUUAGGCGACAUCUAAGUGAGGAUGGAAAACACGUUCGAAGAAGGAGCCUUGGGGGUGGUCUCACAGGAAAGUACCUUCUGCUACCCUCCAACCCCCAGCAGACACCGACAGCAUGGCAGCCGUCAGCUGAGAUCUCUAAUUUGGUCCGGAUGUGUUCCCUGAACCUUGGAAAGUCGGACCCCUCCCUCACCUCCAGCAUGAAAGAGCUGAGUCUUCCCAGAAGAGGCAGUUUCCUCACUCCCCGAAGCUUGAGCCCCACUCCCACUAGCCCCUGCAGUCCGUGCAGCCCGCUGCACGCUUUUCAUUUUUGGAGCUGCAGAACGAGCAACAGAAAAAGCCUGAUAGGAAGCGGUCAGUCUUCAGGUUUACAGCGACCUCACUCCCCUCUCUCAUCUCUCACAGGAACAAGCCCACAAGACAGUCCAAGAAAUUUCUCUCCUAGUGCCUCUGCUCAUUUCUCCUUUGCACGAAGGACUGAUGGUCGCCGCUGGUCGUUGGCCUCCCUUCCCUCCUCUGGAUAUGGAACCAACACUCCCAGCUCCACUGUCUCUUCAUCCUGUUCAUCACAGGAGAAGCUGCACCAGCUGCCCUUCCAGCCCACACCUGACGAACUGCACUUCCUCUCCAAGCACUUCUGCACUGAGAGUAUCUCCGGGGAUGAAUGCCGCAGAGCAGCGGCGAUGCGACCCCGCUCACGCAGUCUCAGCCCCGGAAGAUCUCCAUCUUGUUACGAUCAUGAGAUUAUUAUGAUGAAUCACGUCUACAAGGAGCGGUUUCCUAAGGCCACAGCUCAGAUGGAGGAGAGGAUUCAGGAGAUCAUCCGCAGCAACUCUCCAGAGUGCGUCCUCCCUUUGGCAGAUGGUGUGCUCGGCUUUGCCCACCACCAGAUAAUUGAACUGGCCCGUGACUGUCUGGAGAAGAGCCGGCUAGGACUCAUCACCUCCAGCUACUUCUGCGAGCUCACUGACAAGCUGGAGAGGCUUGUUCAGGAGUCCACAGAGAGAUCAGAGAGCGAGGUGAACUUCAUCAGAGAGCUCGUGAAGAAGAUCCUCAUAAUCAUAGCACGACCUGCUCGACUGCUGGAAUGUCUGGAGUUUGACCCAGAGGAAUUUUACCACCUUUUGGAGGCCGCUGAAGGACACGCUAAAGAGGGUCAGGGUAUCAAAACGGACAUCCCUCGUUACAUCAUCAGUCAGCUGGGACUCACAAGAGAUCCUCUGGAAGAAAUUGCUCAGCUGACCAGCUGUGACAGUGGGAUUGCAGAAACCCCAGAAACAGAUGACUCUUCUCAGAGCCUCAGCACAUCCUUGCGGUCCCGGCGUAAACCCUGUGAAUUAGACUUUGAGAUGACAAAACUCAUCAGCAAUGGUGCCUAUGGAGCUGUUUAUCUGGUUCGGCACAAGGAAACGAAGCAGCGGUUUGCCAUGAAAAAGAUCAACAAGCAGAACCUGAUUUUGAGGAAUCAGAUACAACAGGCCUUUGUGGAGAGAGACAUCCUUACCUUUGCUGAGAACCCUUUUGUGGUCUCUAUGUAUUGCUCCUUUGAGACACGGCGGCACCUGUGCAUGGUCAUGGAAUAUGUCGAAGGUGGAGACUGUGCUACCCUUUUGAAGAACAUGGGGCCCCUGCCUGUGGAUAUGGCCAGGAUGUACUUUGCAGAGACUGUACUGGCUCUGGAGUAUCUCCACAAUUAUGGCAUCGUCCACAGGGACCUCAAACCAGACAAUUUGCUGGUUACAUCAAUGGGACACAUAAAGCUGACAGAUUUUGGGUUGUCCAAAGUUGGGCUGAUGAACAUGACCACUAACCUGUAUGAGGGACAUAUAGAGAAAGAUGCCAGGGAGUUCUCUGAUAAGCAGGUAUGUGGAACCCCAGAGUAUAUUGCACCAGAGGUGAUCCUAAGACAAGGAUAUGGGAAGCCGGUGGACUGGUGGGCUAUGGGCAUCAUCCUCUACGAGUUCCUAGUUGGCUGUGUGCCUUUUUUUGGAGACACACCAGAGCAGCUGUUUGGACAGGUCAUCAGUGACGAGAUCAACUGGCCUGAGGGAGAGGAUGCGCCACCUCCUGACGCUCAGGAGCUCAUCACCUUGCUGCUCAGACAGAAUCCUCUGGAAAGGAUGGGAACAGGUGGAGCUGCUGAAGUGAAGCAGCAUCAGUUUUUUCACAACCUGGACUGGAACAGCCUGCUGAGGCAGAAGGCUGAGUUUAUUCCUCAGCUGGAGUCUGAAGAUGACACCAGCUACUUUGACACUCGCUCUGAGAGAUACCAUCACCUGGAGACCGAGGAAGAAGAUACAAAUGAUGAAGACUUCAAUGUGGAGCUGCGGCAGUUCUCCUCUUGUUCUCACAGAUUCUCUAAGGUUUACAGCAGCCUAGAUUUGUCCCGUGGGCACCUGGAAGAGAAGGGAGAGACGGAGGAGAAGAAGAGUGAGAGCCCACUGACUGUUGACUCUCUCAGCUGGACGCCAGACUUUGCUGAAAUGCCGUCGCUGUCCCACUCGACAGACACUGACAGUGUGAAUCAGGGCCCUCGUCCCAACUUGUUACCAAAGUUUGCCAUCUCAGCAGAGAGUGAAGGAGACGAGACCUCGGGCCUCGGAGAUCCCAGCAAGGCCUCCUUCUCCAUUGGAGAGCUCCCGCAGGAUGAACCUGACGCUACCACUCCAGGCAGCACCCACAGCGGAGCCACGCUCUCUGGAAGUUUCUCAGAACAUCUGGACCAAUUGACACCCAGAGGUGAGGGGGUGGAGAGCCCUGACAGUACCAGUCACACCUCCGCAGAGCAGGGGGCUCAAAUCACUUCUCUGCGGCCUGAGAGUGCUGCAGAGAAGACCGGAGCUGUGGCAAAAGUCCCAAAAUCUGUCUCAACUGGAGCCCUUUCCCUUAUGAUCCCUGGGGAUAUCUUUGGGGUGUCUCCGCUGGCCAGCCCCCUAUCUCCUUACUCCCUCUCCUCAGACCCUUCUUCUAGGGACUCCUCUCCAAGCCGAGACUCCUCCCUCUGUACCACCAGCACACGGCAGCCUGUCGUCAUCCACAGCUCAGGGAAGAAGUUCGGCUUCACACUGAGAGCAAUCCGGGUGUACGCUUGUGACGGUGACAUCUACACCGUCUACCACAUGGUCUGGAAUGUAGAAGAUGGUGGGCCUGCACAUAAAGCAGGACUCAAAGCUGGAGACCUCAUUACUCAUGUGAACGGAGAACCAGUUCAUGGUCUUGUCCACACUGAAGUGGUGGAGCUCCUGCUCAAGAGUGGUAGCAAAGUAGCCAUCUCCACAACCCCCUUUGAAAAUACUUCAAUAAAAACUGGUCCAGCCAGGAGGAACAGCUAUAGGAGCAAGAUGGUCAGAUGUGCCAAAAAGCCCAAGAAGGAGACACCAGAAAGGCGGCGCUCCCUUUUCAGGCGCUUUGCCAUGCAGCCCUCUCCUCUCCUGCACACAAGCCGCAGUUUCUCCUCCCUGAACCACUCCCUGUCAUCUGGUGAGAGUCUCCCUGGCUCCCCUACCCACAGUCUCUCCCCUCGUUCCCCUACUGCCGCUUUCCGUCCCGCACCAGAUUUCACCCAAUCAGGUGGCAACUCCUCCCAGAGUAGCUCUCCCAGCUCCAGCGCUCCAAAUUCCCCUGCAGGCUCAGGCCACAUUCGUCCAAGCACUCUCCACGGCCUCGGCCCCAAACUGCCAGGUCAAAGGCUUCGUCAGGGCCGCCGCAAGUCUGCUGGUAGCAUUCCCCUUUCUCCUUUGGCUCGCACACCUUCACCCACCCCCCAGCCACCAUCACCCCAGCGCUCACCCUCUCCCCUUCUUAGUGGGCAUUCUGUUGCCAUUUCCAAGACAACACAAGCCUUCCCAGUCAAGAUCCAUUCCCCACCCACAAUUGUGCGCCACAUUGCACGGCCCAAAAGUGCUGAGCCACCACGCUCACCCCUCCUAAAACGUGUCCAGUCUGAGGAAAAGCUGUCCCCCUCUUACACAGGAGAUAAGAAGCAUCUGUGUCCCAGAAAGCACAGCCUGGAAGUCACCCAGGAGGAGGUGCAGGAUGAGGAACUGAGGCUUGGGGAGCGGGAUUACACCAUCUUGCAGAGUGUAGAUGAAACGGCCUGCGAGCCACCUGCAAUUACCCGUGUACGACCCGUUGAGCAGGGCUGCUUAAAGAGGCCCGUCAGCCGCAAGAUGGGCCGGCAGGAGUCUGUCGAGGAGCUCGACAAGGAAAAGCUAAAGUCCAAGAUGGUUGUGAAAAGACAAGAAUGGUCAGAGAGGAGGGAGUCUUUACAGAAGCAAGAUGCCCUGCGUGACUCUGACUCAUCACCCUUGUGUGGUGAUGACAGGGAUGAAAGUCUUCUGACCAGGGGACAAAACAAAAGCAGCCCAGACUCUGGCCCCCUGGAGGCCAAAGCUGCUAGCACAACCCUUAAAGAUGUGCUUUAUAAGAAACUCAACACACGUGUCUCUGAGGGCAUCACUGAAACAUCUGGGAGCAGCGGUGACAGUGACGGAGGACUCAGAUCAACUCUCUGCUCUACUCACCCAGACUGGCAGCACUCCAGACAGGGUAAAGAUAAUAUGAAGACUGACAGAUUGGACUUCAAAGCUCCCAACAUCGAGUUCACCAGGAAAAGGCUGUCGUUUGAAGAACGAGACGACUGCAUUUGUCGGUUAUCUUCCGGCAUCCAUGAGAACAUUCACUUCGGCUCCGCCAGAUCUAAGAGCCUCCAGCUGGACACAGCCAUGUCUCAUGACCACAUGAAGGCAGGUCUGGGAGGUGUUCACUCAAACCCUGAAGGUCUGGCCCCCAAGCUUUUCUGCGGCAGAGGAGAGAGCGCUGUGGAAAAACUCCAGCUCAUCUCCUCUGCAGAGUCUUCACUUCGAAAGACAUCAUCUGAAUAUAAACUUGAAGGACGCCAUGUCUCCUCUCUCAAACCUCUGGAGGGGACUCUGGAUAUUGGUCUGCUCUCAGGGCCCAGAGUCUCCAAAACAGAAACCUGUUUAUCCAAGAUGGCAGAAAACACAAGCGACACUGUUUCCAUGAGCCCUCCAAUUUGGCUCCAGACCCCUACCGAGAGACAAAUAACCAUCCCCCAGCUGAAAACUGCAGACAAACUGAAGAGCCCCUUGACUUGUUCCCCAAGCCCUGAAGCUGUUUCUUCUCUAAAUAACAUAGUUGCCUCCAAAGAUCUGUCAAAUAAUGUAGCCACAGAGUUGAAAAUCAGUACGAGUGGUGAGAAAACACAGGACAGACAUAGUGAGUCAUUAAAGGCUCAAAGCAGCAAAGUGGAGGCCUCAACCUUUGUUGUUAAACAAGAGAGCAGAACUGUUAUGAAGUCCAGUUCACCACUGGCUCAUGAACAUAGAGCCCCUCGACACAGCUCCCACUUCUCCUCCUGUGGAAAAACACCCUCCAUACGGGAAGUCAGCAAUGAAGAUCAGGAGGAUGAAGUGGAGCAGGAAGAAAUUACACCACACACUACAUCACAAAAUACUGGCAGCUCCCAGACAGUAGUCUCUUUGACUUCAGCAAAGCAGGAGGUAGACAUAAAAACUGUGGCGACUCAGGCUACGGCUGCCAGUGAGCCAUUACCUGUGUCACUGAAGCAGAGUAUAAACUGUGGUGUGGAUGCAGGUCUGCGUCAGAGCUGCGAGAAAAAAGCAGCUACUGCACAGAACUCUAACAUGACCUCUGUUUCUAAGGUGACUGUACAGAACAACUUUGCAUCUGUACGCGUUCCCGAGAAUGUUCUUUCAAAACAGCAGCCGCUGAACAUCUGCUCUUCAAAUCUAGAAGCGCAGGUUUCUAUCACAACAUCAGCAUCUGGCUCUGCUCAUGAAAAUAAAACCUCCAGUUUAAAAUCUGAAGGGGAGGACCGCUCAGAGAGAUCUGUUAUUAAGGACAGUGUACAAUCUGACAGAUUAGCUGUGAAAGGUGCUGGUGAUACAGGCAGCUCGGGUUCUAAGAAGGAUAUCAACACAUGUGUCACAAAGUCUAAACUGGAGGCAAACAAAAAAGUGGAGCAGAAGAGUGAAGUUUCUACAGAAAACACAGUCACCUCAUUAAAUGAUGUGACAGAAGUCACACUGAGCACAAGUAAAAAGGAUAAAACUGUGUCUGUCUGUGCAAAAGAGAGUUGUAGCAUAUUGCUGCAGAAAAAUGAGGAUCCCUUGUCAACAAAGACAAAGAAUAAAGGCAGUGGGAAAGAUUCAGAGCAGCUAUCCAAAAACUAUCAAGCUGAAAAAGCACAACAAAAAUCACCUGAUUCAGAAUAUUGCACCUCUAAAAAAGAAGAGCCUGUUGUCAGUGUGAAAGAAAAGACUGUGGUCCCUUCAGCCAAACAGAAAUGUUCAGCUUCAGCAAAUGAAAAUGUUUCAAGUCCCAAAAGUAAGUCUAGGCCUGACCCACAACCUGUAGCACACACCGCUGUGAAGACAGAGAAGGAAACAAAAACACUUGAAGUGAAAUCUCACAGUACAGCUCCUCCUGUCCCAGUAGUGAAGGGCAGUCCAAAUUCAAAACAGACAGAUCUGUCUAAACAAUCUGUGCUCUCUCCAUCAGACAUCCAAGUAACCCAUGACUCUAAAUGGAAAGAAACUUCGUUGCCAUCCGCUGGGGUCGAUGUAAAACAUGAGGUAUUGGUGAAACAUUUGCCCGCUCUUGCUGAGAUGAAGCAAAGAGAAACCCAGCCCAAAAGCUCUGUAGCAACCUCAGCUCAUAUAGUAAAAGAAAACGCAGACUCAAAGCCAAAAUCUCUCUCUCCUAAAACUGUCCCGUCAUCAUCUACUGUUAAGACCUCUGUAGCUCCAACACCAGUUAUUAAACAAAGCAUUGAUGCCAAGCAUAAAGACGCACCAUCCAAAAACCAAGUCCCAGUCGCUAAAAACCAGCAUGACUCAAAACCAAAACACGUUGCUUCACCUCUUACUGCACCUCAACAUCAGCUGCCUUCAGAUGUUCCCUCCCAGCCUGAUCCACCACCAGUGCUGCCAAAACCUCCAGUGAAAAAAGAAACACAUUCACCGGGCGGUGGAGCGGUCUCAAGCCGGAUCUCCAGCUGCGCACCCCAGGAGACUGUAGCAUCCAAGGAAGGCCCCAAGUCUGAAACUUAUAAACCAGAGAGCCACAAGGGCCAAGAAACCAGAAUCCCCACACCUGACAAACAGGUGUCCUUUAGCAAGAAGGAGCAGGCUGAGAGGAAGAAAAAGGAAACAGUUCAAGAGGUCACGUUUGCACAGAAAAACGCGAAAAGAGACGCCUCCAGAGCUUCUCCCUCUGCACUGAAAGACAGUUCAGACAAAGACACUGGCAGGUGCAAGCAGCAGCAGAAGGAGUCACCUCGUAGUUCUAACAAAAAGUGAAGUAGGAAGGGAAAAUAGCAGCCGACGUCAUCGCUUCAGAGAAUCCAGAUGUAAUAAAAUGUUUGAAAUGGUUUGUGCAAAUAUCAUCAUGCCUUUUUUUGUGUUUGUUUGAGGACCGGGCAAGCUGUUAACCUGCUGAUAGAGAGGUAGGUGUGUGGGCGUGUGUGUGUGUGUGUGUGUGUGUUAACUAGGAUGACAUACAACACAUAUAUAAGUGUAUCUAGGUCUGAAUGUAGGCAAUCAUUUGCUGAUUAUUUCUGGUAUUUUCUGAAGUUAGUACUUUACUUUUUACGUCAAGUGAAUGUUUUGUUUCUGUUUAUCGCAGAAUGCUUUUGUGCAAUCAGUAUGUCAGGGGGCAGCAGGGAGUACGCCUUACAAAGGUUGUGAUGUACUGUAGAGUCAGUGCCAUAAAUGAUUUUGACUUGCACUCUUACUUGUAGACUCGGAGGAUCUGAUGUCCAAGUCUUUUAAUGCAGUAGACCACACAGUUUUGCUCAGCAAUUUAGCAGUUGGAUCACUGUUCUGUUUAGUAUAAUCAGAUUCUUUUUAUUUUUGGCUUUGUGUAGUGGUGGGAAUGCAUGUCCUGUGCUUUUCCCCUAAAACUUAAAAAUUAAAAUGUAUAUCAUUCUAGAAAUCCUAAAUUAGUUAAGGGGCCUUAGAAUUAUGGGAAAUGAAACUUGCAGUUCUUAGCAAAGUGUGGUGUUUAUUCACAUUCCUCUGACAUCUGUACAUAUAUUUUUGAUUUUUAUGCAAUAGGGUGUACAUAUGAUAAUACUGUAAAACAGGGAGACACGGGCUUACAUUAUUGUUUUUUGUAUUAUAUGUAUAGAUUUUGCAGUGUCAUUUGUUAAGAGUAUCACGUUCUGCUUGAUAACUGGUCCAACGUAAGCUACUGUGAUGUAUUUCGUCAAAGACGUCCUCUUCUUCGUGACUUUUCAAAUGUUUUCACAUGUUCCGAAAUCAACUUGACAAGAGAGCGAGAGGGGUGGGGGAAGACAUAAGGGGGUAACUGGGCUAUUUCUAAAAAUGUAGCAUUAUAUAACAAAACUGUGAGGGCUGUCAGCGUUUCCCAAGAAUGUCUAUGUUGUCGAUGAUGUAUUUGCUGGCUGACUACAGUUUGAAAAGUGAUGACUGUGUAAAAUAUAAAAUUUUGUGUUUUGAUUAAUGAGAUGAACCAGGAAGUCUGCAUAUGUAUGCCAAUAUGGAUUUGGCCAUCAUCUCCAGAUCUGCUCAUGUCUGCGCAGAGUGAUAUAAGGUCAAUAAGAUAAGGCUCGACAGUGUUCACAUUCACAGCGUUCACAAGUACACAUGUCAAAGGACUCAUAAUGAGCAGCAUCUGGCUUAAAGCUUCACCUCGGUAAAGAUUUUAAAUGAGGAAUCCUUAUUAUUUGCAUAUCAUAGUUCGUGUCCACAACAUACAUUUGAUGUUAAUGUGCAAAUACUUUGUACUAUACUUACAGGCUGUCAUAUAUCCGCCUUCACUUCUGCAAUUUGCUCGCGCACACACAAACACGUGUUACUCUACUGUAGAUAAAAUGCAAAUCCUAAACGACAACCAGAAAGUAGGUUAGGACACUAAGUAUGUAAUGCAGUAUUUGCUCUGUUGUGAUGGCCAUGUCAAAACAAUAAUCUUGUCUUCUGCAUAUACUCUAUGUUGAUGAGUCACAAUGACUCAAUUUAACAUGGCACAGAAUAUACUUUAUCUAAAAGUUAUACUGUAUCACUGAAUGAAACCGUAACACGUGAGAUUGAUUGCAGAGAUUUUAAUGUUAAAAGAAUCCGAUGUUUACUUGCAUUAGAUAUUAAUGUCAAUGUAUUGCUAAUGUAUUCUGAGAGAACAAAUGCACCUUAAUGUUUGCCAAUAUUCAGUUCAAAGGGUGAGAAGAAUUGUAAAAUUGGAACUGAAAAUGACUUCUCGCCCCAACUUCAGAUUCAAAUGAAUCACUGAAUUAUAUUUGAACAAUUGAACUUGUGUUUCUUUCUCCCCACAUUUUUUCUUUCCUGUGACUGACAUUUAAAUCCUCAAAGCACAUUUAAUGUUUGUUUACAAAGCAUCAUGGAUGUAUAUUUUGUAUAUUGUUGAUUUGCCAAAUCUAUGUUCUGUGUCACAAAUAAUGUUGUUUAUAGUAGUGUGAGACUUUGCUCCCUUACUACCGGGAUGUUUAAUAAGAACAUUUGUUUGUGCAGUAAUCAAUGUCUUUUCAUGUCAGGUUCUUCUUUGUCUGCUUGUCUUUUCAGUUUUCUUUUUUUUUCUCUUCCUCUGUGCAAAACUAGUAUUAGAUGAACUUGCUUACGAUGGUUUGUCUUUUAGAAUAUGUGCAAUAAAAGUGUUUUGAGUUUUGUAUUUUGCCCAAGGAAAGCUCUAUGGAUGUCAUAGAUGUUGUACAUUAAAACAGAUAUUUAUAUACUUCUAAUGUUGCGUAAUACUAAAAAUAAAAUGAAAUAAUCAAUUCA